ACUCCGCGUGUUUUUCGACCCAGUUGUCCCGCGGGUUGUGUGGUUGAGGGGUUCGGUUUGCUGAGGGUGUUCGGUUGUCGAGGGUUCGGUUGCUGAGGAGGGUUCGCAUGCCAGAAGAUGGCUGCUGGAGUUAUAACAGGCCAGAAUAUCGAGUUGAAAGAAACUGAUUGGCUAAGACAAAGGUCACGUGUCUUGCACGUUCGGUAUAAAUUAAAAUAAUUAUAAUUUUGAAAACGUAAAAUUUAAGAAGAAAAAAAUGACGGACAGAACUAUUUAUUUGUGUCAAUUAAAGCUAUGUUUAAACACUUUGAGAUAAAACCAUAUGUGAUUGAGUUCAAUAGUUAACAAGGCUUCAAAACAAGUUGCCUUCACUGUAUGAUCACGACUUGGAUUAAGCAAGCCUGAAAGGACGGAUUAUGGUUCAUUUCUUAACAGAGACGCCAUCUUGACCUAAUUUUAUACGUUCAGGUUUCGAAUGUAUCGAAAUGUAACAGCGCUACCUUGGAUAUGACCUAAAAGUAUUGUGUGACCUUCGUUUGAGUGAGCAUCGCGCCCUCUUUUUUGUAAACAUGAUUUCGUCAAAAUCUCGAAGAGUCGCCGCCCCUGGUGGUACCGAGGAGUACCACAGCAACAUACCGCGGCCGUCGGACAUCGCCAAGAGACUGGCCACACCCUCGUCCACUUCGACGCCCCCGUCCUCGAAACCCUCCUCCAUCUACGCCCACGGAACCUCAUACACAAACCCUCCCAUCGGGCUCGAUCACCACGCCCACAACGUCGAUCGCCACGCCCACCACACGGACUACCACGCCCACAAUCUGGAUCACCACAUCCACAACCCUUACGACGACCUCAGCCUGUACACCACCCAAAUCAACGCCGCCAACAAACUCAAAUCCAGCUCCUCCGACUCCCUCGCCACAUCCCGAAGCCAAAAAGCCCUGCCCAAGCCCCCUACCAGCUACUACGCCUUCCCCAAGCCCCACCACUACGAACCCCCCACCAGCUACGGCUACAACAAGCCUACAUUUCUAGAACCUUCGUCGUCAAGCCCAAACAGAUCCAACCCGUCAAAGACUUCUCCAGGUCACAUCAGUUCGACUGGGUCCGGUCCCCAAAAACCCAAAGAUUUACCCAAACUCUACUCCCACAACAGACCAACUUCCCCGGAAACGAACCCGCGCGUCGACUACUUCGACAAGACCAAGUAUACGGAACCGUCCGGAUUUUAUGUUUAUAACAAUCCCCCGCUUCCGGAAAAACAAAACCGGCAUCAACCAGACCGGGCGAGAUCCGUAGAACCGGUUGGAUACUACGAAUACAUUUACCCCAAAACCGCACCGGUUUACGCCACUCCGAAUAGACAGCCUUUCACUUACACCGGUCAUGUCACUGAAUCGGAUCCUAAAAUCGCCUUUAACUUCGGCCUCCCUCGUGAUACCUCUACGGAAAAGGAACUGGUGACAAGUUUUUUAAGUUCCGACGGUCAACCUUCGUCGACGGGUCAGCGGCACAACGGAAAGGAGAUCGGUCACUACGGAAGAAGCCAUAUCGAUAACUGGUCUCAAUUUCCGGGGCGUCCACAAACAAGCAAUGAAGACCGCGGUAUCGACCACAUCCCGAAAGAUCAAGUCUUUUACACAUCGACGCCAAAACGACGCCCCGCUCCACCUCCGCAUUUUGACCCCUGGGCAAAUCCAGAAUCUAAUCUUACUUCUGCGCACCGGCCGCUGCGGUUGAAAUGUGAUGCAAUACGUUCAGAAGAGAGAAGCCAGAGUAUGAGCCCCAUAAGCCACAAUUUGAGAACCGAUGAUUCUUGGUACAGAGAUGCGAAGACACUACAAGGAAAGAAAAACGACGAACCUUUAUACUGCGAUGUCCCUUUUGAAGGCAGGGCGGCAUCAGCGUCGCCGUUUCGCCACAAGGACCACGACAACGAUUCCACGACGCCGCCAAAACCCGGGGAUACCAAACAGCGGGGUUUCGAGAUCAAAUCCAACCCGGCGAACCAACGCGGGUUGGCCGCGACGUUAAACUACCACCAGCAGCUCCGGAAAGAGCUGGGGAUGCCGCAGUCGUCGCACUCCCCGCACUACAGCUCCAUCACGGCUCCCUACGGCUUGCCUUACUCCAACAUCAUCACCCCGUUACCCAGCUCCAGCGACAGCAGCUUGCAGACCUCCGCUGAAACCUCGCCUAUAACCCCGACUCCUAAAUACAGCCCUGAGUAUCUAGCACAGCUAGGCUACGACGCCAACCUCAGGAAAUACUACGAGGCAUUUCAAAACCUCCACGGGCACUGCUCCACGCCCCACCUGCCCUCUGCGACCAUGACCCCUUUAGACCAACCCUUAUCCGGGUCGGACCCUAACCUACGCAGCGAAUCCAAACCCUCGGGAGCGUUCAACUACUACGAUAACGUCAGCCCUAAAUCUCGAUCGAAACCAGUGGGCAACAACCCAUACGAGACGCUUCACUUUGUGGAUCAGUAUCCGACAUCCAACCCACGCCCGUCCAAAUCCUCAUCGUCGUUACCGACAUCCUCGUCGAUUUAUCACCCCUCGGAGUCUUUUUACCAGUUUCACGGUCGACCUUCACCUUCCACCUCGCCGUUCUCGUCCUCCGCCUCGGCGCCCGGAUCGACCAAGCACUCCUACUACAACUCCAACAACGUCCAAGGCUUCUGCACUAUUCCGAGAAACGGGAACUCCCAAAACGCUAUUUAUAGCCUGCAGCGCCGAGAACCGAGUUACGAAGAGAUUGAGAACAUCACGCCUUACGAUAAAUCGCAAGAUGCGAAUAAAUCUCCGGAAAACUUGAAAAAUCCCACACCCGGAAAAAACAAAGAUUCCAAAAUACCAACGGCUACUUUCGCGAAAGAAAAUUCCGGGAUAACGGUUAGUAGUUGUAGCCACAGAGUAGCCCCCGAUGUAGCACUGAAGGUAGCCAGGGCGGAGAUUGAGCUAAGCAACCAGCGCGAUGCUAGCUUCGCCCCGCAGCGUGAUGAGAGGAACAGGACGUCCGCCCAGAAAUCAACCAAAGGUAUUUUUGGCUCCGUUUCAGAGAAGUCCCACAUGUUCGAGCGGGCUGCCGUGAACCAGAGGAACGAACCUUUAGUUCCUAGCUACAGAUACAAGACGAAAAACAAUGACGCGGAAUCGCCGAUUAAAAAGAGCGGUUCUCACAACGAUGCAACCAGCCCGGGGGAUGGCAAAUCGGCGUUUGAUAAAUCCACAGCGGCGUUCUUAGCCUCAUCCAUCCCCGCCACGUCAUCGUCUUCCUCGCUUCCGGUGGCGACGUUCGUGACGUCAUCGCCGUCGCGCGGGGGGCGCAUGUCCAACCCGGAGGAUGGGAGCAGUCACGAGGUGACGCCCCGGGAUCGUGACGCCAACAGGGCGAGGGCGAUGACGUCAAGCAUGCACGAGACCGGAAGUGUGGACGUGGAGGCGCUCAACGACUUCCUGAUCAGCUCCUGCACCUACCCCUACCACCUGUUCUCCAGGAGGAAAAAGCCUCUGCCUGGGUCCAUGAUAUGCCUGGGUCGGUCAAACUACUUCCGGUUCAACCACCCACAGGAGGCCGAGAGGAUGAGGGACCCCAACUUCAACUUCCGGAUAUCGAACGUGACCCCGAACUUCAUGGAAGAGCUGGAGCCCGGCUCAGAAUAUGCCAAGAUGAUCUCAGAGGCGGACAAGAGCAGGUCAUCCUACGGCUCCAAUGACGGCUCUGUUACCUCCACCGGUUCCGGCCAAGCCCGGCCCCCGGUCUCGCCCGCCUCGCCCUCGUCACCCUCCUCGGUGCCUGGCGCAGACAGCGACGAUUUCGUCAACAAGGUGUGCAGGUUUGAGAUGAUAUCCCGGACCAAGACGCCGUCGACCUCCUCCUCUAAAGGAGGGAAUCCUAAAUCUCCAACAGUGAAAACCCCGACUUUGAAAUCGCCGCCGUCGGAUGGGAAGAAGUCCAGCCCGACCUCUCCGUACGGGGUCAGCGCCCAGGCGUUUGUGGGCGAGAAGGUGUUCACCCGCGACACGGCUACCACUCGCGUGUCCGCGAGCCUUCUCCAGAACCUCAGCAGCGAGCGGGUACUCAGCACGUGCAGUACCCUCAGCUCAAACUCCUUGACCAGCGUGAGCACUCUCAGCUGGAACUCCGACGCGUCCGAUACCUCAGCGGGAAGUUCAAAAGGUCAAAGCACCGCCGGGUCGUCGUCUGGUAAAGGUCACGACCUGAUGACCAGUUCGGACCCGGGCGUGUCUCACGUCAGCCACACCCAAGACACGAGCCCUAUGUCCAGCUCGUCCACCAAAGAAACGUUCAUGUACCCUGGAACGGUCAGCAAUGGCACCAAACGCGGCGGCAUCAUCGACCUGUCUACAUCAACAGCGCCGACUUUCCCGCAGACGCCGCGAACUGUAUCGGGAAUCACGAAAAAAUUCGUCACGCUCUCCGCGACUGAAAAAGACUUUCCUCAAGUCCCUGUGGUCAAGCCGUUGACCACCCCAUCUUCAACCUUCCCAUACAUCACCCCCGUCUCCACCCCUGAAGGUAAAACCCUCAAUGAAAGUCCUUCAAUGUCUAACGGUAGCCCUGGCGUUAUUUCCCGAUCCCACUACAACCGAGACAGCGCGGGGAAAGGGAUAAAACAGAGAAACACGUUCGAAGGCAUGGACUUCGAUUUCAGCGAUCUAACCCAGCAGCAACAAGCCCUGGCGCUGAAACACCGCGAGGUUGUUGCCGAGAGGAAGAUGGAGCAGGAGAGGGAGAAGAAAGACAGGCAGAGGCUGGACGAGAUUCUCAAAAUGUGCGAGGAGUACCAGAACGAGAUCAACAGCGAGAUCUCCACCCCGACCCCUCACUCCCACACCACCGCGCAGUUCGGGUUCGUCAACCUCCAGCCUAAAACCCAGCCUCAUCUUUUCACCCCCAAGAAAAUUCAACCCCCGGGCGCUCUUGAGCUUCACUGCGAAUCUCCUGCGUCCCCGACCGGGUCUAUAGAUAGGCGGGAACGAACCGGGAACAUGACGAAGAUUAAAACCAACGGUUCCUUAAUGUUGAGUUCUCCCAGCAACCCGCAUAAGGAAUUUGGGCCAGCGGGGUUGAAAAAAGUCGAAUCUAAUGUUUCAGCGUAUUCGUCAAACUCUGAAGACGAAACUGUGGGGUCCAGCGAAGAUACAGGCACUAUAAAGAAAAGGCCGCACAAUGUUAGUGGAUACCCGGGCCCGCCUCCUCGCCAAGACCAACCUCAACCCAACGUACCCGCACAGUUUAAAGACAAAACGGGCACCCCGCAGAACCCGCUCACCAUCGCCCAAAACAACAUCAACAUGACGGCUCACGUCACGCCCGACGAUAUUCUCACCACCACGCAUAACUACUCUGAGCACGUGACUCUAUCAAUACAAACACAACACGCCGCCGACCCGGGAUCAAAUCCAGCCUCGACUCCUCAACCAUCGCCUCAAAAACCGGACUCGCAUAAUUCCCCGAAACAAAACGCGGAUUUACCCAGAGACCAAAAAGACUCGAAGCUCGAAAAUGGAUAUUACCCAGAUCCACAACAUCAUACCUCGUCGGAUACAUCAAUCGACAAUGUUUACACUGGUCAUUCAAACUUACGUCAAACAUCCAACAUCCAAGUCCACGACACCAUUUCCAAAAACGCCGAACCCGCCCAGUCGACAAACCCACCCUCGGGUCUAACCUCAGAGUGGUUCUCAAACGACACGCUGACCAGGGAGUCUCACUCCUCCACCUCCUCCAGCCAGACCCUGCGAGACGCCUCCAGCCAUUCCUCACGGACCUCCUCUUUCUCGUCCACGGUGGUGGACGCCAAAGAGGACACGCCCACCCCGGUCAACAGCGACUCGGAGCAAGGGGAAGUAACUGCCACGCCCUCGGACCGGUUAUCGCCUCUUAUUUCGACCACCGUUGGACUGGACAUGUCUCCAGGAUGGACCACGGGCAGUCUGAGCCCGAAAGAGGAGUGUCAGUUCAGAGGUCAGCUAGAAGGGCUUAAGCUGACCAAGACGCAGCUACUGGUCAAGAUAGCCGAGAUGAAGAGACAAAUCGCGGAGAUUGAGCUGCAGGAAGGGGAGGCUGUUCGGGAGCUUGACCUUGAGACGAAGCUCCUGGAGGGUGAGCAUCGCGACCAGAUGGCCCAGCUGGAGGCCGAGCAGGACAAGCUGACCGAGAUGAAGAGGCGGCACCAGGACACGCUGGAGUCGGCGCUCAGGGAGAGAGAAAAAGGAAGAGAUAUGGAACAACGGAUCAUUGAACUGGAGCGCCAGAAACUGAUAGCCUUAGAGGAACAACAACACCAGCUCAACGGGCGCAUGAUGCGAUCGUCCACCUCAAGCGAUGGCAGCAAUGGGGGGAUGAGUUUCUCCGUGGACGAGGACAGCGCUGCGGUCAGGCAGAGGCUACAGCAGGAGCUGGAGAGGCAGCGCAGGAUUUUUGAUGACCUUGAGUUCCAGCAGUUGGAGGCUGAGGCCAGAUUUGAGUCAGAAAAGGAACAGAUUAAUAGCAGACUUAUGGCCCAGCAGGCAGAGCUACUGCAGAAGUACAAGGACAGGGAGGAGCGCCUCAUGCAGAUAGAUGUUCAGCAGAAGAAGAUGUUGGGCAGCGUCAAAGCCAGCCUGGAGUCUUUCAAACAGCAGCGCCAGCUUCUCACAGAGUCUUAUAAAAAGGAAAAGUCCAAAGUGGCACACUGUGAUAAAAAGAUAGCUGAAAUAUCCAAAGCAUUGUCAGUUCCUAUGGCAGAGGAUAAAGCCAAUUCGGAUGAAGAAAUUGAGAUGAGCAUGGCAGCCCACACACCCAGUCCCCUGGGGACACAGAACCAGCAUCACAGGUUCCUGGACAGCAGCGGUCACUCCGUGGAGCUGCGACGACCCCUUGAUCUCUCCCUUGACAGUUCAUCAGGGGGCAGCACUCUGGGACCUAACGGGGAGGUACUGAGGAAGAAGUCAGCCACCCUUCUGGAGAUUGAGAGAAAUCGGUCACUCUUCAUUGAACAACAAGGGAGUAUGAUCAUUGACCAAGAGAGGAAGAGGAUAGAGGAACUGAGGCGCCGAGCGGCCGACGAGGGCCGGGCUCAAUGGGAGGAAAGGAGGAGAGUGGCCGAGGAAACGAGUCGACUACAGGAAGACAGGCGACUCCGUGACGCCAGCUGUAAAAGCUUCAACUCAGUGGAGUCAGAAGAGUCAAGCAUCGCCAGCAGCUGUGAGACGCCCAGCGAGAAGGAGAUGAGCCUGAGCGGUGGGGAGGAGCAUCUGGAGAAGUUGGCGGAACUUGAACGUCUGCUGGCACUGGCACAGUCCGAGAAGAUGAAGCUGGUGGAGGAACAGGUGAAGAUCCGAGAGUCGGAGAUGGUGGUCUUACAGAAGAACGAGGCGUUGGAGAGGGAAUUGGAGCAGGUCAAGCUGAGGGAGAAACACACGCAGAUGCAAGCAAGGCCGAUGACUCGGUUCCUGCCCAACACCAGUAAAGAUUUUGACCUGCGGGCCCACAUCGAGGGGUCGGGGCACCAGCUGGACAUAUGCCCCCACGUCAUCGUGACCAACCACAGCUGCCGAGGGUUCCUGCACAAGAUGGGGGGCCGCAUCAAGACGUGGAAGAAACGCUGGUUUGUUUUCGACAGGAUGAAGAGGAAGGUUAUGUACUACACAGACAAGACAGAAACCAAACUCAAAGGCUCCGUCUGUUUUCAAGCCAUUGAGGAGGUCUACGUCGACCACUUACGCACAGUGAAAAGCCCCAGCCCAAAACUGACAUUCUGUAUGAAGACGUACGACAGGACAUACUACCUGGUGGCGCCAUCUCCCGAGACCAUGACCAUAUGGAUCGAUGUCAUAUUUUCAGGGGCGGAGGGCUACCAGCAGUUUUUUGAUAGCUAG